AUGCAGGGCUUCGGCAUGGGACGGUAUGUCCCUCCAGAGCACGAGGGAAUCGUCUCCGGAAACGCUCUGCACAAGCGACACCCGCUAGGCGCGCGCGCAUCCCGUCUCGCAUCCGAGGGCGUGCUCAUCGUGCGCUUCGAGAUGCCCUUCGCCGUGUGGUGCGCGACGUGUCCGCGCCCGACACUAAUACCGCAGGGCGUGCGGUUCAACGCGGAGAAGAAGCGCGUCGGUAACUAUCACACAACGCCCAUUUGGUCAUUCCGUAUUAAGCACGCCGACUGCGGCGGCUGGCUGGAGCUGCGGACAGAUCCCAGGCAGGGAGAUUUCGUGGUUGUGUCUGGUGGCAGGAGGAGGGACUAUGGCGCUGGUUCCGGUGAUGAUGACAGUCUGGUCAAGAUGGAUAACCUCGGCCGGGUAUUUAUGACCGAGCGGGAGCGGGCUGAGCAGCGCGAGGGCGCCUUCAGCAAACUCGAGAAGACUAUUGCCGACCGCGCGCAGUUAGAAUGCGCAAAGCAGAGGAUAAGCGAGCUUCAAGAAACUGUUACACGCCAAUGGGAAGAUCCCUAUACGCAAAACCAGCGUCUGCGGCGGGCAUUCCGAACCGAACGCCAUGGACUUGAGCGUGCUGCGGCCAAGGCAGAAGAGCUGAAGGACCGUAUGGGCCUGAGCAUCGAGCUGCUGCCAGAGACGGAAGAAGACGCACGGCGAGCGGCAUUGGUAGACUUCAGGAGUGUCCCCUCACCGCCACCGUCCUCAGAAGACGGACCCUCGGGCCCGGUGAUCGACAAGGCACUAGCGAAGCCCCUAUUUGGCGAUAGGAAGACCGCGAAGCAGGAGGACCUAAGCAAAAGUCGCAACACCGGCACCCCUGCGUUGAGCGGCGGCACUCGCAUGCUCAAAUCAGAGCUGGCUGCUGCGCGAGCUCGUGAGAACCUAGUCUCGGAGAUCGUCAGUAACACCCGUGCUUCUAAAGACCCGUUCCUCGUUUUUGAUAGCAGCAGCCGGGAGAGCACCCCUAGGACUCCAGGGGACCGGCUUCUUCCCGGACUGAAAAGAAAACGGGAAGCUACAGAAGAGCCCCUGAGCAAAUCGCCACCCCCUCCGCCUGUUCCUCCGCCUGCUCCUCCGCCUCCUCCAUCAGAUACGAUAGUCGCAAAACCAAAAGCAGUGGCUGGUACCACGGCAUUGGUGAACUACGACUCGGACUCGGAUUGA